GUGGCGCGUGGAGGUGUGUCGCGUGAGGACGACGACGACGACAGACACCGCUCAUCACCAAUCGGACAAGGUGAAAACGGAGCGCUCUGGGACUUCAACCAAACAGAGCUCUCGCUAGACACAUUCUGGGUUGAACCCGUGGUGCGGGAAUGGAAGGGAGAGGGAGUCCAUCCACGUUUAUCGCUCAGUAGUCGUGUGGACCUGAAAGUGUGAGCAAGAGAGAGGAGAUCAUAAACGAUACCCUGUUGCAACGAAUUCGCUCUCAUGUUUUGGAAAGUCCAUAGCCCUACAUCACAAAGGUGAAUGCUGCAGCACAGCCCCCUGGAAAAGGAAUGAGCAAAGAAGUCUUGUGAUUAUUUGUUGAAGCAGCGGCGGCCAGCUUCUCCCCUGUCUGAGUCUCCCUCAAAGUGUGAGUAACACCAUGGGGAAUGGAUUAUCAGACCAGAUCUUCCCCAGCCUUCCUUCCUUCCAGGCCCUCCAUAUUGUCAUCCUGGGUCUGGACUGCGCUGGGAAGACCACUGUCCUCUAUCGCCUUCGUUUCAAUGAGUUUGUGAACACUGUCCCCACUAAGGGAUUCAACACGGAGAAGAUCAAAGUGUCCCUGAGCGCGGGCGGAAAGUCCUGGCGGAAGGCGGCGUUCCACUUCUGGGACGUGGGCGGUCAGGAGAAGCUCCGCCCCCUGUGGCGCUCAUACACGCGGUGCGCCGACGGUAUCGUGUUUGUGGUUGAUUCCGUCGACACGGAGCGUCUGGAGGAGGCCAAGACGGAGCUCCAUAAGAUCACGAGGUUAGCAGAGAACCAGGGUGUGCCUGUUCUAGUGGUGGCCAACAAGCAGGACCUGAGAAACUCCCUGCCGCUUCACGAGAUGGAGCGCUCUCUGGCGCUAGCAGAGCUGGGUAAUGGAACGCCCUGGCACCUGCAGCCCACCUGCGCCAUCAUAGGGGAGGGGCUACAGGAAGGUCUCGAGAAGCUCCACACCAUGAUCAUCAAAAGGAGGAAGAUGCAGAAAGCUCAACAGAAGAAGAAGAGAUGAUCGGAUUGGUCACACACACAACCGCCAUCAUGGCGGAGUUGGUGGAGUUACACAAGGACUUAAUGUGAGAUACCAAUGGUGAUGGACGGGGCGUUAAAACCUGUUAACCAUGAGCUGGACAUGUGGUGUUGACUAGUAUGGUCUACCAAUAAUGCUAGGUGUCUCCUUAUCAAUACAUUGACCAGGUGAUGUGAAGCACUCAGUGAUGGGUCAGCUGCUUGCCGGACUGCCUGCCUCCCUGCACGUCUGUCUUGGCUCAGUUGUAUCAGUCAAAUGGAAUGGGACUGAGUUUGUUCAGGGCUGUCUCGGGGUGUUGUCACGAUGUCCUCACGGGAACUGAUGGAAUAGAUUUGUUUCACCAUGCCAUGGACUUUAGAUGGUAACAGAACUGGCUGGCACAGCAACACGGGACAGUAGACGCUAAUGUAUUUUUUAAUUAUUUCGUCAUACCAUGAGACACACAAGAGUUCCCAGAGAGACAAAACAAUCAAAACGUUGAAGUGUCAGUGAAGUCAAAUGCACACUUGACUGUAUGCUGUCUUUACCUUCAAGUGUUACAAGUGUAUCUAGCCUAUUGUUCAAUCAGUUUGAAACAUGAAAACACAAUGAAAUGAUAGGUUUACUAAAGCUUUUGUUGACAAGGAGAUUACAUGUCGAAAACACAAAGAAUGACUAUCAAGUUGCAGUAGGAGUCAUGUUAGUGUGACCUCUGAAAUGUUGUCUUACAAUCAGUCAGUAUUAGAAGCAGGGGCGCAACUUUCACUGGGAACUGGGGACAUGCCCCCCCCCCACAUACACACAUUCUGAAAUUGCAUUUUUGAGAAUGUUUAAUCAUUGGAAUGUGAUACAAAAUGAGCCAACUGUGUGCUUUAGGACCAUGCGGACGCCUCCGAGCAGUCGGGUAAACUGUUUGGAGUGUUUGUCCGACUGGAUAAAAUAAAAUAAAAAAUGAUGUUCCCCCCUCUUCCAAAACCAAAGUUGCGCCUCUGUAUACAAGUUUAGAGAAAAGUUCACAAUAAGCUCAAUGAUGAUGAUUCACUGAGAAGAAAAUACAGAGAUGGACAUUUUUAAACGUAAGUGUAACAACAUUAGUGUCUCAUCAGUGAUAAAUUAUUAGGAUCUACAGCAGUUAGGCUAUUUAAUGUUACGAUCACUUGGGUGAAGUAUGUCAAGGUGGGGUAUAAACUCAGUUCAACUCAGCACUAUUGGUGUCAGUGGUUGUAGUUGUGUCUUGUGUAAUUCUGUUGAUUGUCAGGCUCAGUUGGCUAAGCAAUCUCUGAAUAUUCCUUCCUGACAGCGGUCUGAUCUG